AUUCGGUGUCCUUUGACAUGUUUUCGGUAUUCGGUGUCCUUUGACAUGUUUUGAAUGGUGGAUUUGGAUGGUGGAUUUGUUUCGCUGGCCAAUAUACUCUCGAAUAUAUCCACUCGGAAGUCAACCAUGUGUAACGUCCGCCGCCACUAUGUUGCUUACUUGUGGCACAAAGUCGGGAUCCAAACUCAAACCGAGGCUGCAGAUCGUAUUGUUGGCGUGAUGUUAAUCGGUGGGGCACUGAAUGAGCUUAAGACGCCGCCGCCAGUGCUCGUGUAUAUGCUGGCCCUGGAUGGACUUAAGCCACCGCCAGUGCUCGGUUGUGUGCUGACUAUAGAUGAACUUAAAAUACCGCCAGGGUUCGGGUAUGUUCUAGGUGGAACGGCAGGUGGAACAGCGGGUGCAUAUUGGCUGAGACCACCGGCAGGUAGAUGGAAGUCAAAUGUAGAUAAUGGGUCGAGGUCCUCGGAUGGAUUCAAGUCAAAAAAAACUAUGAGGGCUAUCUGGCCAAAGAGGAAGACGGUGCACACACAAGCGGAAAAUAUCAAACCAUUGAACAUGAUCAAGAGCGCCGCAAUUUGCUCACUUUCCCACUCGAGAGAGUACAGUGUCAUACGAUCCAACCACAAAGCGUUCACCAAGGUAAAAAAUGUCGACAUGACUGUACAUAGAAGUGAGAUUACCACGUUCGAUCUCCAAUCCGAGAAUGCAAGUUUGAUACCACGGGAUUUGUAGGAGUAGUACGUAAGGACCGCAAGCACUACGUAAUACCCCGUGUUGACAACGAUGUAUGUUGCUCUCUUGAACCUGGUAAAAUCUAAACAGCUCAGCGUGAAAACCACGCUUCCGACGAGUAAGGACCACAGAGCCACCCAUAUAUAUGACUGAUAGUAUAUGUUGCUUGAUGAACUUACUUUAACCUCGAACAGCAGAUAUAUCAGCCGCUGACGAGCUGCUAGGGCACCCAGCAAGAGUAUAGUACUGGCUGGGGCUAUCGCGCCUGAUAAUGAUACUACGAUCGCGUUAGUAUUUAUCACGCCUAUACGGACCAAGUUUGUGAAUGUGCAACUUGUACCUAAGCUCAACAAUGCUACUGAUACCAUGAUUAAAUAAACACUUCCUUUGCUCCGAACAAGCGGGUGUUUUAACUUCGUCAUGAGAUAGCCACUUGUGAAGAGCAACUCCGCAAUCAGCAGACACCACGCCCCAAUCAUGCACAAGAUCCCCAGUUUUUUGU